CAUACCAAAAUAAAACUUUCUAACCAAAGAAUUGUGUUAUCUCCAAUUUAUUUUGUUUAGCCUGGCCUAGCGGCUUUGCUAUUAAGAUAUUUUACAGUCCGGCCUAGUGUCGGUACUGCAGUAGAUCUACAUUUCUACAUCUUACUUUUUAUUUAGCCUCCUGUUUUCAAGUGAAUGUGACUAUGGAGAAAGUUUGCAAGUCAAGUCCAGUGAUCUUUUAAACCAUGGGUGUUGGAUCCAAAGCAUUAAUCGCCUCUGGUAUUGUUUUGGUUGGCUCAGGAUUAGCUUACCUGGCAUAUCAGCAAUACAACAUGCUCAAGAGAGAGUCUGAGCUUGAAGACAGAAUCGAACGUUUGAGCAGGGAGAUCUCUCGGCUUGAGAAUGAAUUGAAAAGGGUCAAGUCUUCGGUUGUGCUUUCAUCUUCGACUGAGGACAAUGAGGAUGUGUAUGUUGACGCUUCAGAGGUGGCGCAGAAUCUGGGAUGCGAGAGAUACCAUAAUGACUGUUGUAGUGGUUACCAAUCAAAAACUGAAUUAUUAGCUGAAAAAAUUAGAACAAUAGACUGCAAGAUGGAGGCUGGAGGAUUGGAUAAUUUGACGGAGGCGUACAAUGAAUUGUGUGAGAUGACAUGUAAGGACCCAAAUAAUGCUGAACUAAUGUGGCGGUUUGCAAGAGCAGGAUUUCUGUUGAUAACGGAGGAGAUGCUCGCAGACAAGGCCAACUGUGAUAAAUCCAACAGCAGCUACAGGGAUGUGAUGAAGAGAUCUCAUGAGGCAGCAGCCAGGGCUAUAGAACUUAAUCCUAAAUCUGGGGACAGCCAUAAGUGGAUGGCCAUAAUAGUAGGAAGUGUCACCCAGUACUUGCCUGUGCAAGAGCAAAUUAAAAAUGCCUAUGUUAUAAAGGAUCACAUUGAUACAGCUAUCAAAUACAAGCCUGAUGAUGCCUUACUGUACCACAUGCUGGGGAGGUGGUGUUACUCUGUCUACAUGUUAACAUGGGUUGAACGUAAGGUGGCGUCCACGCUGUUUGCCACACCACCCACCGCCAAGAUAGAGGAGGCUCUCCAAUAUUUCUUGAAGGCUGAGGAACUCUCCCCACUCGGUUCACUUGACAAUGCACUUUAUUUAGCAAAGACUUACAUAGCAAUGAAAAAUAACGAGAAAGCUGCGGAAUGGCUGAGGAUUGGCUCAAAACUGCCUUGUUCACCAUCCGAUGAGGUCAAGUCGGCCGAUGAAAUAAAAAUUCUGUUACCACAGUAUGAGAUGUACGCCAACACAUAACAGCACCAUUUUAACUAGUACCAUCUUUCUAGACUAGAGAAAUUAAUUUAUCCAGAACCACUAUUUGUUUUUUUUUUAACCUAAAAUAUUAUUUUGACUCUCAAAUUUUAUUUUUAUUAUAUUUGUGCCAUGUUUUAAAAAUUUUAUCACCAAAAUUACUCAUUUAUCCAAGUUUUUAAAUAUUAUCUACUACUUUAUCUAACAUUUUAAUUUUUAUAACAAGCAUUGAGUUCUAUCGCUAACAUGCUAUGCAUGUUUAAAUUUGUUUUUUAAUCGUAUCAGUGUAUUGGUAGGAGGAUUGUGAGUUUGAUACUAUAUGUACAUUACAGAAGACAGUUGACAUUUUAUGGUUGUGUUCUUUAAGUAGAUUCAGGUUUUGAAAAAAUGUGAUAGUCUUGCAAGUGAUUCAUCAUCUGUUGUAUUCAUUAAGUGCUUUUAUAUUCAAUGAUGAGACAACUCUUAUUGUGUGAAACUGAAGUUAAGUCCCCUGUAUUCAUGCAUUGUUCAGUAUUUUCUUUCAAAAUGCAACUUACUAUUCAAACUGAAUACUCAUUUUUUUUUAAUUAAUAAAUGAAAUCAAUGUCUAUCAUGAAGAUCUGAAACGUAUAGUGUGUCCAUAUUGUAUUAAUACUUUAUGUUUAAUCAACAUCUUUUAAUCAUGUAUUAGUUUUCAUAAACAUAUCUACUCAGUGUGAAGCUUCUUCACAAUCUUUGAAGUUAUUUUUUUAUACAACAUGAUCAGGACCAAUGUCUGAUAACCAGCUAAUCAUAAACAAGUUGUUCAGUCAAUAGUUCCCAGCCAACAAAUUAUAUACACCUGGCCUUUUCCAAGUAUUUGUCACACACUUUAAAUAAACCAAUCACUAUGGUUAUCAUCACUUCAUACGUGAAAGUUUUAAACAACAGUUGCAUUCCAGUACUCAAAUUUUUUUUUGUACACCAAAUAACCAAGGUUUCUUUUCAUUUCUUUGUGAGUCAAUCUUUUUAAAUAUUUUGAGAAGAAAUCUUCUGUCUAUUGAAUUUUUUAUUGUCUUUGUGAUAAUAUCAUCUGCUGUGAUUUUUUUUAGUUAAGAGAAAGAAAUUUUUGUUUUAGCAAAGAAAUAGAUUUUUUUGUAGUUUCAAAUGUGCCAUGGACCUGGAUAAGAUGACUUAUAUAGGGCAUUCUUUUUCCUUAGUAUUUUCUGAUGAUGCAAAAUAUUGGAGUUUUGCAACAGAAUUAAAACAGACUUUUAUUACAAAUACUGUAAUAUUCUCGCUGCUUGGAUAUAUGCAGUUUGUCAAACUCAAGAUCUAUUAUAUAUCAAGAGUCUUGAAAAAAUGGGAUUUUUUAUUUUUGUUUAUACUGUAAAUGUAAAAAAAGUGUUAUAAAAUAACUUAAAAUACAAAUGCAACUGGUGAGCACUUUUGACUUUUUAACAGUAUUA